CAGCAGUACUCCAGGCUGCAGCAGAGUGCUUGGGCCUGGAUAACAUGAAAGUGAAGGAAGUGAAGGACACACGCUGGCUUUCGCUUUUGGCUGAGGAGACGGAGCAUAAGAAAUGCCCAACAGCCAAGGGGUUGUAUGGCUUUCUGGCCACCUACCGCUUUGUGGCAUUGGUCUACCUGCAAGCAGAUGUGCUGCCACAUAUCAGCAGGCUGUCAAGGCUGUUCCAGAAGGAAAAUGUCAACUUCCUUGCUCUGAAAGUGCAGGUCCCUGUGACAAUGGCCUGCCUCCGAGCAAUUAAAGAUGCUGGAGACCAUCAGCCACCAGGGUCUUUCCUUUCAAAGCUCCACGCAGACCUGGACAACCCUGCGGGACUUGGGGCUUACAGUAUUGUCCAUGAGGAGGAGAGGAACAAGAGAGGGCCAAGAAAGGGACUGACCAGGGAAGAGCUCUGGGGCCGGUUCAGGAGCCAGGUGAUGGAUCCAUAUUUCGAUGGCCUGCUGGAGAGCCUGGAGAGGAGGUUCCAGAAUCUGGACCUUUUAGGGGCCUUCCAUGUGCUGAGCCCUCAGGCAGCAACUGGAGAUGAGGCCAUUUACGUAGCCAAUUUGCAGCUCCUUGCCGGCAAAUUUCUACAGGCUGACUGUAAUGAGGUGCUGCAGGAAUGGUCUUCUUUUAAACAGCAGCUGAUAGUUGGGCCAUUCAAGGACUUGGAUCAGCAGCAGGUGAUGCAGGAACUGGCAUCAGAGGUGGGUGAAUGGGGGCUGCUUUACCCAUCUCUGAGCAAGCUGGCUGCCAUUGGCCUGACCAUCCCAGUUUCCAGUGUAAACUGUGAGAGGGAUUUCUCAACAUUGAACCGGGUGAAGACUGACUUGAGAAAUCGCUUGCAGGGGGAACACCUUGCCACCUGUAUGCGAUUGAGCAUCAAUGGCCCCCCAACCAGAGACUUUCCCUUUAGGAGAGCCUUAGAGCUAUUCUUUAAGACCCCCAGAAAAAUAAAGUGCUCUCAGGCAGGAUGCCAACUGUGCCAUCAUCACUAAAUCGAAUCAAGUCAAGUCAUUUUAUGUAUAGAGCAUAACAAAAACAUAUAUGGAUCAAGAAACAAGGCAGGACAAAUGAUAUAUGAGAGAAAAACUAAGGAAGUAAACCCCUUGGCAGAA